CCCACUUUCCCAUUUCAUUCGCGGCGGAGGAAAAGUAUCGUUGUUGUCGAUCCCACAGGAAAAUGGAGCGUUGUAUUCGUCGAGGCUUUGAUGGAAAAGAUCCGAGAGGGAACGAAAGUGAUGGUGACGGGAAGAUUCAGUACAUUUCAAGGGGGCUUGCUUCUGGCAGCAGCAGUGGUGCACUUGUAAAGAAGUGUAAUCCCAGUCUUUCCAGAAGUGAGGAAAAGAAGGAAGCCUGCAAAAGGAGGAAGAGGACUCCUGACAUUGACAACAAUUGGAAGUCUCCGAGUGAUGAGCACAUUUCGAAUGGGGUUAUUCCUGUAGACCCGAAUCUCUUCGCAGAAUAUGCAUACACGGGUCCAAGCUAUAAAUGGAGAUCUUCUCUUAGUGGAGGGGCUAAAUAUCUACACUGUUCAGAGGAGAUUUCAAAUGGGGUUGCUACCAGCAGCAUUGUAUCCAAGCUAGACUCUAACCCUGUGCGCAAGAAGGCGACAACGAGAAAAGGGAAAUCUAGGGAUGUCCUUACCGCAGCCGAGAAAAAGAAAGAGUGUUAUAAAAGGAGAACUUCAGACAACACUUGGAAGCCUCCACGCUCUGUCCAUCGUUUACUCCAAGAGGAGUAUGCUCAUGAUCCUUGGAAAGUAUUAGUUAUAUGUGUCUUUCUAAAUUGCACUACUGGAGGACAGGUGAAAAAGGUGCUUUCAAGGUUUUUUGAUUUAUGUCCAGAUGCUGAAACAUGUAUUCAAGUUCCACCAUGGAAGAUAGAAAACAUAAUCUCAAGUCUAGGUAUUUUGAGAAGAGUUAAGACUUUGCAACGUCUCUCAUCAGAGUAUUUGAAUGAUAGCUGGACUCAUGUCCCACAGCUGCAUGGUGUUGGCAAGUAUGCAGCUGAUGCAUAUGCAAUAUUUUGUACUGGAGGAUGGAGGGAGGUGACACCUAAAGAUCACAAGCUAGUUGAUUACUGGCGGUUUCUUCAUUCCAUCUACAAUUGAGAAGUGCUUGCUUUUUUUGGAAGUUACCUGUAGUUAUUUUGAGGUUGCCAUGUCUGCUUUUCAAGCUAAAGUUGUUGGCUCAGAUCCUUUUGAAUUUGGGGUGGUCUGACAAAUCAAAGUAGGAAGUUGAAAGCUCUUAAACCUUUUUGUUCAUGUAUAGUUGACUUUUCAGGUGACAGCUCCUUUUGUAGUUCAAGCUCAUUGCCUGUGCACUUGGAGCAUGAUUUCUUUAUCUUAAAUUAAGUGCUAGCUGUCAAAUGGACCUUUGUAACUAUCUACCUACCAAAUUACUGAGUUAAGUAUUUAGAUUA